AUGGCUUUCAACAAGAGAGGCCCCAACAACUUUGCGCACUGGAACAUGUUCCCCUUCAUGACGGCACCCAAGACGCAGUACUUUCUCGGGCAGAAACAAUCACCGCUGUUCCGACUUCCACGAGAGAUUAGGAAUACCAUCUAUGAGUACUAUGCUCAGGGUCGACCACAGUAUGUGUACAAUAGGGGCACAGCAAAAUUACGAUACUCCAAUACUUCAGCUCAGACGGAGGGUCUCGGUCUCAUGAUGACCUGCAAGAUUGCUGCAGACGAGAUGCAGCACGUCGCUUUCCAGAAUGUCGAGUUUACUACACAUUGCUCCGUGGACGAUGGCGCAGUCUUCCAACAACUCCGAUCCAGAGUCGCUCGAUUUUGCCAGCUAUUCGAUAUGGUUCAGGUUCAGAGACAAUACAUGUUGAUCUGUGUCGCGGAACUACUCGAGGCGUCAGAUGUUACUGAAAUAAGAGCUCGUUAUCCAGCCAUCGAAGACUGUUUCGAAGGACCUCUGAAGCAAGCACUCGCACAAAACAUCAAUACACUCUCCCGAUACAUGAACAUUGGUUUGGACAAUCACACAUCUCAAGAUUUCAUAGAAGCUCUCGUGCUUGCGCUCGACAUGGCGAAGAGUCGAGAUUCGACCAAGUUUGCGCGGCUCACACGAGGAAUCUUUGGAAACAUCAUCUGCCCUGUGGGCAACCUUCGAGUGCAUCGAAUCCCCCCCAAGAGGCUGCGCAAUCUGCGCAAACUCGUCCUCCACGAAGACUUCAAGUCGAUGCCGCGUUCCACGGUUCGCGACGUCAUUGACGGCACUAGCAACAUUUCCUUUAUUGGAGAGGUGGGAGAAGAGUGGGAUCAAGAGGCAUUCUUCCUCCCAAGAAAGGAUUGGACGCUAGAUCAAUGGGCAGAAGAGUGGAAGCUUGAGAUAGACCCUCAAGGUUUCGGUCAUGUUCACCGGACAGUCUACAACGGUGAGGUCAUUCGCAGCAGCGACCGACCGUUGUAA